GGGGAGGGGAGCCCGGGCAGCGCUCCCCCCCGUGGUGACAGUUUCUAGAAGCACGUCCCGCCGUCCUUUGCGCUCGCAACAUGGAGGAGCUGACGGUGGAAGUGCGCGGCUCCAAUGGGGCCUUCUACAAGGGAUUUAUCAAAGAUGUUCAUGAGGAUUCACUCACUGUUGUGUUUGAAAACAAUUGGCAGCCAGAGCGCCAAGUACCCUUUAAUGAAGUCAGAUUACCUCCACCUCCUGAUAUCAAGAAAGAAAUUGGUGAAGGAGAUGAAGUGGAGGUUUAUUCUAGAGCAAAUGAUCAAGAGCCUUGUGGCUGGUGGCUGGCAAAGGUUCGAAUGAUGAAAGGAGAGUUUUAUGUCAUUGAGUAUGCUGCUUGUGAUGCCACCUACAACGAAAUCGUGACUUACGAGAGGCUCCGACCUGUGAAUCAAAAUAAAACCGUCAAAAAGAACACGUUUUUCAAGUGCACAGUGGAUGUUCCUGAAGAUCUGAGAGAUGCAUGCGCUAAUGAAAAUGCACACAAAGAUUUCAAGAAAGCUGUGGGAGCGUGUAGAAUUUUCUAUCAUGCUGAAACUGCUCAGCUAAUAAUACUUUCUGCCAGUGAGGCAACAGUGAAGAGAGUGAACAUACUGAGUGACAUGCAUUUGCGCAGCAUUCGCACCAAACUUAUGCUUAUGUCAAGAAAUGAAGAAGCUACAAAACACUUAGAAUGCACAAAGCAGCUUGCAGCAGCAUUUCAUGAGGAAUUUGUAGUCAGAGAAGAUUUAAUGGGACUUGCUAUAGGAACCCACGGCAGUAACAUACAGCAAGCCAGGAAGGUUCCAGGAGUUACUGCAAUUGAACUUGAGGAGGACACCGGUACUUUCAGAAUCUAUGGAGAGACUGCCGAUGCAGUAAAAAAAGCCAGAAGUUUCUUGGAAUUUGUGGAGGACUUUAUUCAGGUUCCCAGGAAUCUUGUUGGAAAAGUUAUUGGAAAAAAUGGAAAAGUGAUUCAGGAGAUUGUAGACAAGUCUGGAGUCGUCAGGGUGAGGAUUGAAGGAGAUAAUGAAAAUAAACUGCCUCGUGAAGAUGGAAUGGUACCAUUUGUAUUUGUGGGUACUAAAGAAAGCAUUGGAAAUGUCCAGGUUCUUCUAGAAUACCACAUUGCGUAUCUGAAGGAGGUAGAACAACUAAGACUGGAAAGGCUCCAAAUCGAUGAACAACUGCGUCAGAUUGGUAUGGGUUUCAGACCUUCCUCUGCUAGAGUUCCCGAAAAAGAAAAGGGUUACACAACUGAUGAGAGCACCCUCUCCUCAGUGCAAGGUUCCAGAUCGUACAGCGGAAGAGGGAGAGGCCGCAGAGGCCCCAGUUACACAUCUGGUUACGGUACAAACUCUGAGCUCUCUAAUCCCUCUGAAACAGAAUCUGAGAGAAAAGAUGAACUUAGUGACUGGUCCCUGGCAGGAGAAGAUGACAGAGAAAGCAGACAUCAGCGUGACAAUAGACGACGUCCUGGAGGACGGGGACGCAGUGUGUCUGGAGGCCGUGGACGUGGCGGACCUCGUGGUGGCAAGUCAUCCAUUAGCUCUGUGCUUAAAGAUCCGGACAGCAACCCUUACAGCUUACUUGAUAAUACAGAGUCGGACCAGACUGUGGAUACUGAUGCCAGUGAAUCUCACCACAGUAGCAACCGUCGCAGGAGGUCACGCAGGCGAAGGACUGAUGAAGAUGCUGUUCUAAUGGAUGGAAUGACAGAGUCUGAUACAGCUUCUGUUAAUGAGAAUGGUUUAGAUGAUAGUGACAAAAAACCCCAGCGACGCAAUCGUAGCCGCAGGCGUCGCUUCAGGGGUCAGGCAGAAGAUAGACAGCCAGGUAAUUCGAGUGAAGCUGUGGGUAUUCUCAGGUCAAAAGCAUGAGAGAAUGUUGUGUCUGCUGUUUUACAUAUAGCUGCUUAAUAUACAAAGGUUAAUAACUAAUAAGACUACUAGAUAAAGAUGAAAGAUGUUUCUUAUACUAGGAGAACUUUUAAAAGUUCUUAAUCUGUCUAAUGGAACUAAUUUAUAAUGUCUAACUUUUUGCUUGGAAAUACAAUUAAAGCUUCUGAUCCAGUUCUCAUUGAAGUCAAUAGGCAGUCUUCUGUUGACUUCAGUAGUCCAGGAUCAAGACAUAAAUGAAAGUUCAUGAUCUGCACUCACUUGCGUCUGCACACUUGCAUUGAAUGUGACACAACCUUUUCAGCACUGGCUGAGGAGCAGAGGUGGAAUGGCAGGCUGUGGGUGCCCUGGCAGAGCUCUGCGAGGGAACCUGCAUGGUAACUGCCAGUCCAGAGCUUGAUCCAAACUUCUGCUGUCAGUCUUCAGCUUUUGUGAGCGUUGUAAAUCAUCCACAAAUUGAGGGUGGGACGGAGGAGGAAUUUAAAUGAAAUUGCAUGUUUUCAGUUUUUGUUGUUGUGGCUUGUUGCACUUUUGUGUGUACUAACACUUGAGAUGUGAAAGGUGAACUAGCUCAUUUCAGUAGAACGCCCUGCUCAGCAAACACUUGUACGUGCGUGCCUUAAGGUAGUAGCAGAAGGUCUGCUAGAUUGACAGGCUCAAACAUUACAACAUCACCCACAUCUGUUUUCUGUCUAUCUGUGGUGCUCAUACGAUACUGGGUUUAGAAGGAAAAAAAAGGCUGUUGCUUUACAAUAAUUAAAACUUAAGGAGAAUAAAAAGUACCCUGUUACACUUCUCAGCAUUCUGUAGUUUGGGAACAAAGUUUACAAAGGGGUGGAAGGGAUGACUGGCAUCUCUACAAAAUUUGAAUUAUUUCUCUUUCGAUGCAAGCAUUCUAGGAACAGAACCAAAUCCCCAUAAAGUUCUUGUUUAUUUCCUGUUGAUUUCUUUGUUCAAAAUACCACUUCCAAUUUCAAUAAUAAAUAUUUUUGAAACUGACAAUAAGAGCAUUGGUAGUUACAUGCUUUGUGACAAAUGCUCAAAUUUAAUCUUCACAUACAUUUUCUACAUCUAUAGAGAAUGAAAUGGAGAGAAGGAACUCUUUCCUCCUAAAUAUGAGGAGCAUGUUUCAGUCAUUUAGUAGUUUUGUUGGUUUGGUUUUUGUUUUUUUUUUUUGUUUGUUUGUUUUUUUGCUGUAGUUCCUGGGUUCCUACUUAGAUAUGAGAUUAAGAAUUUAUAUUCUUCGUAUUAGUUGGGUACAGAACAUCUCUUAGAGAAGUCUUCUUGUGCAGAAACUCCCUUGGUCUCAGCAAUAACACAGGGACCCAGUUAAGAGCCUAGUUAAUGUACCAGAGAACUUGUUAUGCUUGCUCUGCUGAUACAGGAUUCUUGCAGUUAUUGAUAAACCCAGGAAAAUAGUUCACCUGAAUGCAUGGCAUACUAAAUACAGUUGACUGUAAUGUUAGUAGAUAAUGCUUGCCGACUCUAAUAUGCUUUAGCUCAUCAAAGAUAUGAAUGUAUAUUUAAAUUUGUAGUACAGUAUAUUCCAAAAAUAGAAUUGACUCUCAAUUGUUGUGGUUACGAGAGGGCAGGAUAAGACAAAACCAAGCUACAAGAACAUGUGCUGAGGUGGUAAGAAGAAAGGAGGUCAGAGAACCCCUGGCCAGCAUCCAGUAAGUGUAGCCAUAGCAGUGCAAGCAUGGCUGUCCUGCUUUUGAGUACAGGCUCACUCAUACAGAGCCACCUCGAGUGCCUGUACGCACAGCAGUUGCCCACCUGCCCACAAGCCGGAGGUGGAUUGCCCUUUGAGUACCAGGAGGGUGAGUUCUCUUGUCAGUUGCUUCAUGGAAGUAACAACGAUUUUAAUGCUGCUCUGUCGUAAGUGAUAACAUACUCUGAACCUCCUCCCCCAAUUCAUUUUGUAUUUUAACCUGCAUUCAUUUUAUUAGUGUGCAAUUCAUCACUACUUAAGAUAGUUAAAAUCCCAAUUAAAAAAGUGUAUGGAUAUAAAGAGCCUGCAGGCUUGAUGUUCUGAAGCCAGGUAUAGAAAUCCCUUCUUUUCAGAUAAAAUUUACACUCAGGACAGAAACAUUAUUUUGUUGAUGGAUUUCAAGAUCCUGCCUUCAGAUCAUCACUGGCUACCACAGAUUUUGGUGAAAAUUUUACUUAUUAACAUAAAAUAACUGAUCUUGCUGCGUAGUUGAUAAAGCCUGUAAGAGUGAAGGCCUUUUGUGAGGUAGCUCCCAGUGGUAGUGUGACUGUGCAGAAUAAGGGUAUGAAGUUUUAAUGCUAAGUUAAAUAUCUAAUAUGAGCAUCACUAAUUUUUUUUUCCUUGAACAGUAA